AUGGAAAAUACCUCUAUUCCUGAGCUCAAUUCUACGUGUGUGGCUGGGCACACAGACUGUGCAAGGAGAGGAGAUGAGGAGCUGAAUAUUCCCACUUCCCCACCAAGCCCCAGCUCCUACAUCACGAUGCCUGUCAUCUAUUCCAUCAUCUGCGCUGUGGGACUGACAGGUAACACCGCUGUCAUCUAUGUAAUCCUCAAAGCCCCAAAGAUGAAGACAGUCACCAACAUCUUCAUUCUCAAUUUAGCCAUUGCUGAUGAGCUUUUUACCUUGGUGCUGCCCAUCAACAUUGCUGACUACCUGCUCCUACAAUGGCCCUUUGGAGAGUUCAUGUGUAAGCUCAUUAUCUCCAUAGACCAGUACAACAUUUUCUCCAGCAUCUACUUCCUCACUGUUAUGAGUGUUGACCGCUACCUUGUUGUAGUGGCCACCACCAAGUCCAGGAAGAUGUCUUACCGCACCUACCGAGCUGCCAAGAUUCUAAGCCUCUGCAUCUGGUCCUUUGUCACAGUCAUCAUCCUGCCCUUCACUGUCUUUGCUAAGGUACACAAGGAGCAGGGGCGCUCCCAGUGUGUUUUCGUGUUCCCUCAUCCUGAAAUCAUGUGGUGGAAAGGCAGUCGGAUCUACACCCUUAUCUUAGGCUUUGCUAUCCCAGUGUCCACCAUCUGCAUCCUCUACACCAUCAUGUUGUGCAGAUUGAGACAUGUGCAUCUUCAUAGCAAUGCAAAAGCUCUGGGUAAAGCAAAAAAAAAAGUGACGCUGAUGGUGGUUGUCAUCCUGGCUGUGUGUCUCUUCUGCUGGACACCCUAUCACCUUAGCACAGUGGUGGCCCUCACCACAGAUAUCCCACAGACUCCUCAGAUUGUUGGGAUUUCCUAUUUCAUCACUAGCUUGAGUUAUGCCAACAGCUGCUUCAACCCUUUCUUGUAUGCCUUUCUGGAUGAUAGUUUCCGGAGGAGUUUUCGUAAACUGAUGGACUGCAGGACCACCUCAUAG